CUCAAACUCCUGAUCUACCUGCCUUGAACUCCCAAAAUGCUGGGAUUUACAGGUGUGAGCCACUGUGCCCAACCUAUACCAUCUUACUAUGAAACAAAUUAAGUAAUAUAAAAUUAAACAUUCCAGAUAUUUAGACACUGCAUAUAUGAAGCGUAAAAUGAAUAUUCAUGCAUUCUGUGGCAUUUUAUUUUCUGAGGAAUGCUUAAAACCCUCUACCAGAUAAUCCAAUUAUACUUAUUAAUGGCCACAUAGUAUAUAAUGCAGGAAAAAUUGAUUUGUGCAGAAGUCUUAAACUCAAAUGUCUAGAGGCCAGGGAAUUUAUAUGAAUAAACUAACCGAGUGUAAUUAAAUAGAGUAUACUACUGCCUGCAAAGCCAAGGUUGGCAAACUUUUUUUGGGAAAGGCCAAUAUUUUAGGGUCUGCCCAUAUGAUCUCUUGUCUUUAUUUACAAAAAAGGGAGUUUGCUGAUCCCUAAUCUAAAGAAAUUUAGAGUCAUACAUUUUAGAAAAUCUAUGUGCGAUCCUGCAAAACACUUCUGUUGACUUGAUUUGGCCUGUGUGUGUCAUCACUGUGUCAGAGGCAGAGAUUUUCAGCAUGAUGAUAGUGGUGACUGUCAAUACAGAAUGUUUGGAACAAGAUUUUUCUGUCAUAAUGAUUAGGGGGCUAGGUCCUGUUGGGCACUAGAGAGACUGACUAUUCUGCAAAGCAAGGGACAACCCUAUACAAUGAAGAUUUGUUCCAUCCUAAAUGCCUUUAGAACUUCGGUUGAAGAUCACUCAUCUAGAGAUUCUUCUAAGUCAGGGGUUGGCAAACUUUGUCUGUGAAUGACAAAAUGUACAGGUAAAUAAUUCAGUUUUUGCCGAUGUUGCUUCAUAACUGCCAUUGUAGCACAAAGGCAAACAUAAACAGUAUGCAAAUGAAUACAGUGUGACUGUGUUCAAAUAAAACUUACUUACAAAACAGAUAGCAGGACACAUUCGGCCUGCAGUCUGUAGUUUGCGGACUCCUGUCCUAGAUAAUCAGGGAGUCAGAGUUGUAUAGUCAGGAAACCUAAAAUGUUCCGCAGUUCAGCAGUAGUCAGGAGGGGUUGAAUAGAAAGGUAUUGUAGUAUGAAAAAACACGUUUUUUCACAAUCUUUUUUAAAAUGAAAUUUUCAUCUUAAGUGCAUUCUUUUUGUUUAGCCAUUUUGUUUCUGCUGGCUGUUAGUCAUUUGGGUUGAAUUUUAUUCAUAAGAGGAAGCACAGUGUUACAUACUGCAUAAUUUUAUUUGGGAACACAUUGGCAAGUGAAAUAAUUGUUUUAAAUAAAUUGAAGAAUGAAUUUGCUUUAUAUUCCAUUUGAAAUAUCUCCUAGAAAGAUAAGAAUUGCCAGCUGCCAGCAGUAGAGUCAGAUUGCAGGUUUAGCUUUUUGAGAGAUUCAGAUUGUUUUUCCCUCUCUCUGUAGCAAAUUUAAGUAAAUACUUAGUAGCAAAUUAAAGUGAAAGUUUAAGCCAAUUUAAGUAAGUUACUUAGUUGAAAGAGAAUGAGAAAGCUAUAUUACCUGUUGCUUUCUUAGAAAUAAGGAUAGCAGGGGUAUAUGUUUUGCAUACAUUCAGGAAGAGUUCUAUUAGCGUAAAUCUUCUGGGAUUGUAUGUGUCUUCUCCUUUUCUAAUCUUGUUGUAGCCUCAUGAUGAACCUAAGUUCCUUCCUUAGGAUUUUCUGAAAGGCAUCUUACUAAUGAAGUCAAGUUAUUUUGAAAAAACCCUCAAUACUCAGGCUGUUUUAUUUCAACUAGCUUCAUUGCAUUUUUGAUAAUGAAGCAAUAUGGGUUCUAUUUCAAAGCCUAUUUUAUGAUUCAGCUGAUUAUAACUAUUCUGGUAUUUAAUUAUCAUGUAAUAUUGUUGAUUCUAGACAGGAAUUUGAUAAAAGGUUGUCUAGAUUAUGUUAUUGACUGACUGGAAAGGAAUAUUAAUAUUAUAAAUACCACAGGUUAUUAUUAUGAGGCAUCCUUUCAUGCAGAGACACUGAUCGAAUCAGAAAACUCCAAGAAUACAUUAUGGUGAUGUUCCAGUGCAUUUGAAUUUUAAUUUGAUGCCAUAAUUUGAACAUUUUACACUGUUCAUUUUAGUUUUUCAUUUUAUUUUCCCUAUAUUAGUGGUGUGUUCUACUUCCUAAAUUUGUUUUUUUCUUUUAGAUGUUUAGUGUCAUGCACACUAUAAAUCCCUUUGGUGUUUUCCAGCUUAACUCUCUUGACGAUAGAAAGUGCUUUUAAGUAUGAGUUAUUGCUUCUUUACUUAAGAAAAGUGCUGAGAGACAAAUUCUCCUGUGUAUAGUACUGAUUAUAAUAAAUAUAGCUUUGUUUAUUUUUAAGUCUUGGAUUUUUAAAUUCUUUUUGAGAAUUCUUACACUUUUUCUCACUUCAGCAGAGAAAUAAAAACAAAAACAAAACCUUACUCAUUUUUUUGUGUAAAAGUAGAUCACCAAUGAAUUGUUUGAUUUUUAUCCAUUGUAGUAAAUAUCUUUUAAUUUCUAUUAGCAACAAAAGUAGAAACAUUUCCGCUAUUGUAAAAUCAGUAAUAUUUUCCGAAAGCAGUCUGUAGACCUUAGGAAGGACUAUUAUGAUCAAUUAGUGAUAGCUCAUGUUUGAACCUUGACAAAUUGUGAAUUGGGGAUUGUUCUUGGGCAGUCAGUAAUAUAGCAAUGGAAAAAAAAAUAAAGGUCAGGUAAAGUUGGGCUCUUGGCCUGCCUUUAAAGUGGGGAUGAUAGUUUUUCAGAGUGUACUCACUUAUGAUUCAUAUGGUUCUGUUUCCCUCAUUGUGUGUAAGCAAAGGCAUUGCACAAUGAAAUAAUUGCUGAUAUUAAAUUCAGGAUUCUUAUUUAUGUAAUAUACCUUUUUACAACAUUCAGUGUAAUCCUUUUAGCCAAAUUUUUUCUUAAAAAUUUAAAAUGUUAUAUAUCAAUGUAUUCUCGUAUAACUGCUCUAAGUAUACACACACAUAGAUAUGGUUUAUUAUAGGAUAUAAGUUGAUAUCUUAGAAAAUUUUGAUUUGGAAUAUAGUUUAUAUAAUAUAUUCUGUAUGAGAGCCAAAGUUAUUGACGUUGUUUUAUGAAGGUGUCUUUAAAAGCAAGGUCCCCUUGUUUUGCUUCCAGUGUAACCUGAUUUUAAGCUAUAUAUUUGGUGUAUAGAAAUACUGGAAUAUGUUUAUCUGCAUAUAUGCGUUCAGUUCACUCAUUUCUCUUUAUGCCGUCAUCUCUCAUAUUCUUAAGUACCCCUAUCUUAGUAACCUAGACAGUUAUUUAACUUUCUUUAUAGAAAAUAUAAUUAAUUAUAUCAGCAAUUCAUAUCUCAGUUUCAAAGGUAAUAUAAGAACUUCAUAUUUGAUUUUUUUACUUUUAUGGGUGUCCCUCCUCAUAAAUAGUGCAUAGUGAGUUCUGUUGUGAUGAAAAUAAUAACAAAUAUGUUAAGGAAACUUAAAAUACAGAUCUUAGUCUUGUUCUCACUUAAUUUCAUUGACUAUUCUGCUUGCCAUUUUCUUAUUCACAAUUAAUAAAUUAAUCGCAAUUAAUUUAUUAAUCUGAUACUUUAAAACUAUGACUGUAUCCUAACAAAUUAAUAUUGAGCUAUUUUUCAAUUUCAACUUGUUUUUUGCAUGCUAGGGAUUAAAAAAAAUAAGUUCUCUUCCCUAACUAAAGCUCCUUUGAAAUUAUUUUAACAUAACUCUGCAAUCUGUUGUAUGUAUUGUUUUCUUUUCUUCCACUUUGACCGCAAAUUCCCUCAGGUCUCCGCUGGUUCAUCCUCCAAGCCAUGGAUGCCGCUCGACUCACAACAGCCCAAUUCACACUGCUACUGGCUCACGACUUACUCAGAACUUCUCUGUGUCUGUUCCCACUCUCAUCUAUACUGGAUUCCCUUCAAUGAAGAUCCCAAUCCCAAUACUCACUCAUCAGGACCCUCAACCCCUCUGAAAAACCAAACCUAUUCCUUUUCACCUUCCAAGUCCUACAGUCGACAGUCCUCUUCUUCUGACACAGAUUUGAGUUUGACACCCAAAACUGCACCUUACCCACAGGGACCUAGGAUUUACCUGUGUCCCAGCUCCCCCUCUCUCUCUUGUGGUUCCCUUCAUCUUAAAAAGUCCUGUCUCCUCCUCUCGGAAUCUAGCCUUACCCCUCAUCAUUCUAGCCUUGUCAGCCCAGUUCUGAGGAAAAGUGUUUCUUUCAGUGAAGAGCUGUUCCUGGCUGCUUCUGGAAUGGGAAGUGGUAGUGCUGGAAAAGAAGGGGGGCCCUUUAAAGCUCUUUUAAGACAACAGACUCAAUCAGCUUUGGAACAAAGGGAAUUUCCAUUUUUCACCUUGACGGCAUUUCCUCCUGGAUUCCUCGUACACGUUGGGGGUGUAGUUAGUGCACGUUCUGUGAAGCUUUUGGAUCGCAUCCACAAUCCUGCCUUUGUCGGAAUUAUGGGUAACACAAGAUCUUACAAACUGCUAGACUGGAAUAGUUUCAAUUCAGAUGAACCAGAAACUCGAGAUGCAUGGUGGGCAGAAAUCAGACAAGAAAUAAAAUCACAUGCUAAAGCAUUAGGCUGUCAUGCUGUAGUGGGCUACAGUGAAUCAACUAGCAUCUGUGAAGAGGUCUGCAUUUUAUCUGCAUCUGGUACAGCGGCUGUACUGAAUCCUAGAUUUCUGCAGGAUGGCACCGUGGAAGGCUGUUUGGAACAGAGGCUUGAAGAAAAUUUGUCUACACGUUGUGGGUUUUGCCAUAUACCAUAUGAUGAACUGAAUAUGCCAUUUCCAGCUCAUCUCACAUAUUGCUAUAACUGCAGGAAACAAAAAGUUCCUGAUGUUCUGUUUACAACUAUAGACCUCCCAACAGAUGCAACAGUUAUUGGAAAAGGUUGUCUUAUUCAAGCAAGGUUAUGUCGCUUAAAAAAGAAAGCACAGGCAGAAGCAAAUGCUACAGCUAUCAGUAAUCUGUUGCCAUUUAUGGAAUAUGAAGUGCAUACUCAGCUAAUGAAUAAACUAAAACUCAAAGGAAUGAAUGCUUUGUUUGGACUAAGAAUUCAGAUCACAGUGGGUGAAAAUAUGUUGAUGGGCUUAGCGUCUGCCACAGGUGUAUAUUUAGCAGCUUUACCAACCCCUGGUGGUAUUCAGAUUGCCGGGAAGACUCCUAAUGAUGGCUCAUAUGAACAACACAUCUCUCAUAUGCAGAAGAAGAUAAAUGACACAAUUGCUAAAAACAAAGAGUUAUAUGAAAUCAAUCCUCCAGAGAUAUCUGAAGAGAUUAUAGGAUCACCCAUCCCAGAACCUAGGCAACGCUCAAGACUUCUAAGAUCUCAAUCAGAAAGCUCGGAUGAAGUUACAGAAUUAGACCUUUCACAUGGGAAAAAAGAUGCUUUUGUUUUGGAGAUUGAUGACACAGAUGCCAUGGAAGAUGUCCAUUCUCUACUUACUGAUGUUCCUCCUCCUUCAGGCUUUUAUAGUUGUAAUACAGAAAUUAUGCCCGGUAUAAAUAAUUGGACAUCUGAAAUACAGAUGUUCACUUCAGUAAGAGUAAUCAGAUUAAGCAGCCUCAACCUGACUAAUCAAGCUCUCAAUAAGAACUUUAAUGAUCUCUGUGAAAAUUUGCUCAAGAGCCUGUACUUUAAACUACGAUCUAUGAUCCCCUGCUGCCUUUGCCAUGUAAAUUUUACAGUAUCUCUGCCUGAAGAUGAAUUAAUUCAGGUUACAGUCACGGCAGUUGCAAUAACUUUUGACAAAAAUCAGGCUUUACAAACCACAAAAACCCCUGUUGAAAAGUCAUUGCAAAGAGCCUCUACAGAUAAUGAAGAACUUUUACAGUUUCCACUGGAACUGUGUUCAGAUUCACUUCCUUCUCAUCCUUUUCCACCAGUUAAAGAACACCUGGAGAGUGCAAGUUCUAACUCAGGUAUACCAGCUGCACAGAGAGCAACGUCAGUUGAUUACAGUUCCUUUGCAGACAGAUGCAGCAGCUGGAUAGAGCUCAUUAAACUGAAAGCUCAGACCAUAAGGCGUGGAUCAAUUAAGACAACCGUGACAGUUGAAAAAGCAAGUCCAGUGGGUGAUGGAAAUUUCCGGAAUCGUUCUGCUCCACCUUGUGCAAAUUCCACAGUUGGGGUUGUUAAGAUGACACCUCUUUCUUUUAUUCCUGGAGCAAAAAUAACUAAGUAUCUUGGGAUAAUUAACAUGUUUUUUAUUCGAGAGACUACUUCUCUUCGGGAGGAAGGAGGAGUCAGUGGUUUUCUCCAUGCUUUUAUUGCUGAAGUGUUUGCAAUGGUGAGAGCUCAUGUUGCUGCGUUAGGAGGGAAUGCUGUUGUCUCCUACAUAAUGAAGCAGUGUGUCUUCAUGGAGAAUCCAAAUAAAAACCAGGCACAGUGUCUUAUAAAUGUAAGUGGUGAUGCAGUGGUUUUUGUUCGUGAAUCUGACUUAGAAGUGGUGUCAUCUCAGCAACCUACUACCAACUGCCAGUCAUCAUGUACUGAAGGCGAAGUUACAACCUGAGGAAAAUUAGGAAAAAAGGGUUCAACUAAAUGAAAUUCAUCAAUCUCUGUUAUUUUGUCAUUAUCUUCUUAGACUUAAAAUUGAACUUGAGAUAAAUAAGGAAGAAUUGAGUAGAUUUUAUUUGCCUGGAGUCUUUUGGAGGCAUGAGAAUUUUCUAAUCUUGACAUUUUCUUUGCCUGUUCUAGACAGGCCCUGUGGGAUCUUGACCCUUCAGUAAGUUAAGAUAAAUUUUUAAAAGAACUGUAGCAAAGAUGGAACCUUUGUAAUUUAUGUUGAUUUUAAUAAAAUCAUAAUUUAAAAAAUGAAAUGGGAAGAUUGUCAGGAAAUUAGGAUAGCUACUGUAGUGUAAUUUAGAAAAACUAAGCUAGAGAUUCUCCAAUUGUUAGUGAGUAAGCAGUCUGAUUUGAGAAAUGUGUGGGGACAAUGGAGAAAAGUUUUCAAAAAACUACUAUGUAGAUUUCUGAAUGUGUUUUAUUUUGAUGAGGAAUUUGGUAACAACUGAAAGGGAAAAGUGCUUCAGUCCUCUUUUGAAAACAAGCUAAAAUUCUGGAACUUGUAUCUGUAAUACAUCCUAACUCCUAUAAAAGAAAAUAAUCUGUCAUAGCUGGUGUCCUUUCACUGAAAGUUUUAAUACUGUCUCUAAGGAGAGAGGAAAAGAUUAUUAUAUAAUUUUAUAACUGGCAAUAUUUGAGUUAGUAUUUGGCUAAAAGAGACUUGACUUCAACUGGGAUGAAAAUGUCAGUGAAUUUUGUUGAAGUAGUAAAAAUACAGGUGACUUAGUAGGAACAUAAAAUUAUUUUCUAAUAAGAUAAUAUUGUACUCCUACCAAAUAAACAGGAUUUUAGUAAUAUCCGAGGGAUUUUUGAUGGUGAGUUAGACUGUAUUUGGCAUAGAAUUUGGAAAUGUAACUUGAAUGUAAAUAUGCUGCAAAAUGUUGAAUGUAUACAUAGAAAGACUUCUUCUGUUGAUGCCAAAUGCCUGUUGUAAAUGAACCUUAAAUAUUACAUUCCUCCUUUGCACAGUAAUAUUUCUUUAUAACACUUAUGAUUUUUCCUCCCAGGACAACAAACUGCCCUUAAGAGUCAUUUCUUUGUUAUCACAGGUGUCAAUAUUUUUCUGUAUUUUGUUUAUAAUUUUAUUUUUUAAAUAAAAAGUUUAUAAAAAUAAACUGGAA